CACCAUCACUCAGCUGCUCACACUCACACGUUCACGAAUUAUUCGACGAGUCGGUGCCGAAAUAAAUAGAAAUAUUUUGAAUUUUCCUAAAAUAAACGAACCUUCUGCGUGAUUCGUAAGUGCGUCGAAGCAGCGGAGCUUGCUACAAAGCGGAAUCAACUUAUAUAUAUCGGGAGAACCAGUAAAACCACGGACUUUGCGGCAUGCCUCUGCCUACGAGCUCAUUUUCCCAGCAGGGACCAACGUGCUUCGAUAAGAUGAAGACGGGCUUCAUCAUCGGAUUCUGCGUGGGAAUGGCCAGCGGAGCGGUCUUCGGCGGGUUCUCGGCACUCAGAUACGGACUACGUGGUCGGGAGCUGAUCAACAAUGUGGGCAAGACCAUGGUACAGGGUGGCGGAACCUUCGGCACCUUCAUGGCCAUCGGCACAGGGAUUCGCUGCUGAUCCUGCUCGCAUUUGACUAGAGUUACUAAACAACCAACCUUAAGCCCUACUCCAAUCUUGUUUAAAUUACGCUAAGUUAUUGCAAUAGAGACGUUACACAAAUA